AUGGAGCUCUUGGAAAUAUACAAGUUUCCCAAUUCCGCCAUUAUUGCAAAAUUUGUGAAGGAAGGCUACAAUCUGCCUACUCCUGGGCAGCCUGGGCCUGGUGUUCCUCUCCCUGCAGCUGCUGGAACCUCUUUCAGCGGAGGACAUGGGUCUUUUGAGGAUUCCGGUGAGGGGUUCCUGAUUGGAGGUCCUGCCGGAGGCUGCCAAGAGGGAGAGGUUCUUCAUGUUGACGGGAAAUGCUAUGCCCCCGUUGUUACCAGGAAAGUCUAUGUAUACGAGUCUCCUGCCCUCCCUCCCGCGCCGGUCGGUCCACCCCCAAGUAUUCCUCCUCCUCGAGUGGAUCAUAACAUCUUAUUUGUUCAUCUUCCUGAGGAAGGACCUGCCCCUGAACCAUUCAUUAUUCCCCCACCAAGGACAGAAAGCGUUGUGUAUAUCCUUAACAAGCAGGAUGAACAACAGCAGCGUGUUAUUGAAGUACCUGCCCAUCCUCCGUCUGAUCCUGAGAUUUACUUCGUCAAUUAUGCAGAAGGAGAAAACCCUGCUCUUCCCAUCGGCGUUGAUCUCCAGACAGCUCUCAGCGCAGCUUCUCAGGCCGGAGGGCAAGUUAUCGGCGGUGCUGGUGGACUUGGUGGUGGUGCUGGUCUCGGUGCUGGAGCUGGUGGACUUGGUGGCGCCGGCGGACUUGGCGGAGCCGGCGGACUUGGCGGGGAUGGCGGACUUGGUGGCGCCGGCGGACUUGGCGGAGCCAGCGGAUUUGGCGCUGGAGCCGGCGGACUUGGCGGAGCCGGCGGACUUGGCGCUGGAGCCGGCGGACUUGGCGCUGGAGCUGGCGGAUUUGGCGCUGGAGCCGGCGGACUUGGCGGGGCCGGUGGUCUUGGCGGUGGAGCUGAUGGAUUUGGUGUUAGCUUCUCUGGCGAUAGUGGCGAAGAUUUCAGCGGCUUUGCUCAAGGUCCUCAGUUCGAUGACGGACACUCCGGGGAGGCCCAUGGCAGCUCGUCAGUUGUGGCCACUUCGCCCUCAAGGCAGUACUCGCUCCCUUAGAGAAAAGGAGUUUAUGCUUGAUAUUUUCUAUUUACAAAAUAACUUGUUUUCAUUCUUUCAACUAAUAGUUAAGUUUUCUUAUAGUUACGUUGUAUAUUUUCCUACUAAUAGUUUAUAUUUUCUCUAAAAUAAAGUAUUUAUUUGAA